AUGUCUACCCAGGCGUAUUAUAAGGAGCGGCUCGGCUUCGACCCCCAGGAAGCGGAAUUGAAUGGAGGUUUCUUCGAUGGGCCCCAAACGAAGCGACCGAGGGGUGACAAGGAGAGCCACGAUCAGGUCUAUGAGGAGAACCUGACCAAAUUCAAAGGUACAACUUGUUGGGGUUUCUUUAUACAGCAGGCAGAUGAACGGGACGCUAUACAGAAGAAGACGUUUACGAAAUGGGUCAACAAACACUUGAAAAAGGUGAACCGACACGUGAACGAUUUAUUCGAAGAUCUGCGAGAUGGGCUCAACCUCAUAUCCUUGCUGGAGGUGCUUUCUGGCGAACACCUGCCGCGAGAACGAGGUCGAAUGCGCUUCCACAUGCUCCAGAAUGUUCAGAUGGCCCUGGAUUUCCUCCGGUACAAGAAGAUCAAGCUUGUCAACAUCAGAGCUGAGGAUAUUGUCGACGGAAACCCGAAACUGACGCUUGGGCUGAUUUGGACCAUCAUCCUGCACUUCCAGUUUCUGAUGAUCAAAGGCGACGCCGAAGCAUUACAAGGUGAUCCACAAAAGCGGAGAUGUCGUUUUCGAAAUCCGGAUAAAGCAAAUUCUAAGGGGGUAUUGUAUUGGGAUACGGGGUUUUGUGAAAUGUAUUUGUGCUUAGCUAAUGUGAGAGUCCUGGGCCCAAGCCUGCUUCUUUACGAACAUCGACAUGUAAUUUUCAAACUGUCUGUAAAAUGUCAAAAAGUCCGACGACAGGAAAUUUUUAAUAGCAGACUAGGGACCCUGUUUCUGGCAACCAUAGCUUUGAUGUAA